AUGGAUGACACAAUCAUCUGGAAGGAUGACACAACCAUCUGGGAGGAUGACACAAUCAUCUGGGAAGAUGACACAAUCAUCUGGAAGGAUGACACAACCGUCUGGAAGGAUGAUACAACCAUCUGGAAGGAUGACACAAUCAUCUGGGAGGAUGACACAAUCAUCUGGAAGGAUGACACAAUCAUCUGGAAGGAUGACACAAUCAUCUGGGAAGAUGAUACAACCAUCUGGGAAGAUGACACACCCAUCUGGGAGAAUGACACAACUAUCUGGGAGGAUGACACAAUCAUCUCAAAGGAUGACACAACCAUUUCAACAAGGUGGUGCAAGGGCCACAUCCUAAAAUAUUUGCUCUGGUGA